CCAUGAGACGUCAACCCCUCCGUUUUCAGCCCACAACUCCAUCCGGAGAGCUGCGACGCCGACGAGGCUGACGUUGCUCGUUGAAGUGGCAUCAUCCUCCGGCGAUGCACUCACUGAGUCUGGCUACUGUAAUGAAAAGAACAAGGUCCGCCUCAUGCAAAUCGCCCUCACUUCCUUCGACGCCUCUAAGCCCCCAGACGCGGCACAAAACUUGCUGCUCAAAGCCCACCUCCGUCUCCAUAUGCUAUCGCUCCAGAAAACCAAAACCGAUCCUCGGUUCUCUCAAUGAGUCUUCAAAAUCCGACCACGCGAAGUGGGUCCCGCUCAAUCUUGCUCCGCAAGAGCUCUGUUUGCCUCUCACUUUUCCCACCGGCCAAACCUUCCGAUGGAGGAAGACCGGACCUUCACAGUACACAGGCGUUGUCGGGUCUCACCUUAUAUCUCUCAAGCACAUCGAAAACGGCGACGUUUGUUAUUACCUUCACCACACUGACUCUGAGAUUGAUGCGAGGACGGCUUUGCUUGACUUUCUCAAUGCCCGUGUUUCUCUCACUGACGUAUGGAAGGAGUUUUCGGCUUCGGAUGCCAGGUUUGCCGAGUUAGCGUGCUAUCUGGGGGGUGCGCGAGUGCUGAGGCAGGACCCACUUGAGUGUCUGAUUCAGUUUCUGUGUUCUUCUAAUAACAAUAUUCAAAGGAUUACCAAAAUGGUGGAUUAUAUCUCUUCUUUGGGAAAUUAUUUGGGGACCGUUGGAGACUUUAAAUUCCAUACUUUCCCCAGUGUGGAGAAGCUUUCUUUGAUUUCAGAGGAGGAACUUAGAAAUGCCGGCUUUGGUUACAGGGCCAAAUAUAUAACUGGCACAGUAAAUUUUCUGCGAGCGAAACCUGAUGGGGAGGAAUGGCUUAAAUCUCUUCGUAUGUUGGAUCUUCAAGAAGCUAUAGAUGCCCUUUGUACAUUACCUGGAGUGGGUCCUAAGGUGGCUGCUUGCAUAGCUCUCUUUUCACUUGAUCAGCAUCAUGCCAUCCCUGUUGACACACAUGUUUGGCGGAUUGCAACGAAGUACCUCUUACCCGAGCUUGCAGGUUCCCGAUUGACUCCAAAGCUUAGCAGUCGUGUUGCAGAGGCAUUUGUAAGCAAAUAUGGUAAAUAUGCUGGAUGGGCUCAAACUCUGCUCUUCAUAGCUGAAUUACCUUCACAAAAGGCCCUCCUACCUCCUCAAUUGCGGACUGUUGAGCAGAGCAAGCACACAGUAGAAGAAGACAGUGAAACCGAAAUAGGUGGAAGAGAAACAACUUCAGUCUUCCAAUCUUGAUCUCAUACAUUGGGCAUUCAGCAUUCAGUCAUCCGGCUUUUCUAGAGUUAAUCUUCUAAAACCCCAUUGACUAGUGCGUGCAACGUAUGACCUUGAGAAUAUACACUCAAGUGAGUGCGGACUUCACAUGGGGAGAGUUGUGGUGCAACCUCAUGGACACGAUUGACAAUAAGCUCAUGUGCUGCUCUUGUUCAUAUUGAGUGAUUCUGUUAUUGUUUACCUGAAAGUGUACCAUAUAGAAUUAUACUUAAAGAGGAUCCAUUCAAAGAUUCCAUUGUUCUGUUAA